AUGGCUGAAGGUCUCGCCGACGGUGGCGUUGAAUGGUUCAGCUACAAUCGGGAAGUGUACAACUUCAAUCGGACCAUGCGGCAGAAGAACCUCUAUCAGCACCAGAAGCAGCGAGUUAUGGCAGUAGUGCUGUAUCGGGAGGAUCUUAGAGAUCUAUUCGGCCUGACAAUAGGAAAGAUGGAUUGCUAUAUGCUGGUGAGUACUCUACUGGUUGGCUUCUGCACGGAGAUGUUCUACAAAGGAAGAACACCACUCCUGGCGCCGAAUUGGUUGUUCUGGCCCUGGUCAAUCACGUUGGGUUCCGCAUUUUUCUAUUUCUUUCUCUCCAUCUGGCUCGCCCUGCAUGCCUCUAUAUCGGCUCAGACCUACUCGGUGAGGUCUCUAACCCAAUGGUUACGUCUCCCCGUCGCGAGUGCCAUGGAAAUCUCUGAGGGUUCAGCUAGGCUGGAAGACUUCGAAGGUUCUGGCGUUGGGGGAUGGUUUCGUGUCCCCGUGGUCACCGAAUAUGCGCGGGAGAGUAACCUCAAGAUCCCCGGUCUCAAACAUAAGGAGGUUAAAGGGAAGAAUGAGAUAAGAGAUCUAACCACCGAAUGGGAUACAUUCAAGCAGCACUUUGCCUUAUUCAACCAGCUGCAUAGGAAAUGGCAGGGUCAUGAGGCUUAUGCUAGAGUGUGUAUGUGUAUGGUGGCGGCUUUGCUCAAUGCUAAGAUGAACUUAACCCUCAGUUUCACAGAAUUCUGCAUUAUGGCGUUCCUCACUGCCGUGCCGCCCUUCCUCUAUUGCGCUGCAGUCCUCUGUGAAUAUGUAUGGGGUAACAGUUUCAACGUUGAGCUGCCUCAAGUCAAUGAGCGACCGGCCCUCAUAUUCGCCCUAUCGGCUCAUAUCAUGGGCCUCUUCUAUGAGACGUUCUUUGUGUACUUGACCAUGGCCGACAAGAACGGCCUCCCCGUGAAGUUCUCUACAGUGUGGUGUAUAGAUGUGCUAGGCUUCGGUCUGGAGACUAUAAAGGAAGUCCACGAGCCUGUGGCGGAACCGAAGAUUAUCAACUCUUCGGGGUUGCCUGGUUUCACUGAGGAGGGCCCUAUCAAUGACUGGGGAGUGCACAAGCCUACUGGGCAGCAGGACGAGGCCAAGGCAGGAGAGUACCACCCUGACAUUUCCAAGGAUCUCAAAUUCGCCUGCAGUAAGGCUGAGAGGGAUAUGCAGAAGAUCUUCAGGCAUUGGGCGAAAGAGGAUCAUCUGCUAUCAGAUUCGGAGCGAAAAGAAUUGACUAAACUGAAGGUGAGGUUUGAAAAGGAUAGAAAAAAAUUGGCCCAGCUGUUGGACGAGGAGCGAGGGAAGGGAGAUGCCACGCCGGGCACUCCAUUCAACCCCACUGGAGGGUGGAUAAGACUGGGGUACAGGACCGAUGCUGGGGAGAACCUUCCGUACUACCUCAAUGUGGAAACCGGCGAGAUCAAGUGGGACUCCCCUACUAUGGAUCCGGGCAUAUAUGAUUACAAGGAGACCACUAAGUCUGUGGAGUCCCAGUUGAGACAGUUCGAACUGAAGUCUAAGGCCCUGCUGGACCAGCAGAGAGCGGCCAUUCAGGCAGCUACUGAUGCUAGUCACCGGGAGAAGGUUAGAGUACCAUACCUUCUCUUCCGCUUCGGUAGUGUUGUGAUAAUGGCGGCUUGGCUGUUUGCCAUUGCUGAGACCAGCGCUGAGGUGUCCUUGAAAUACGACCCUUCAUUUAAUGAGAGGAAUGUCCAUGAACGUAGAUUGGCGGUAGCUACUAAUGGCGGUGAAUCUGCUGGCCCCUUUGAGAUCACGUAUGCAGCGCAGGAAGGGCUAAAGGUCCCUGAGCAUUUCGUAUGGUACACCCCUCGUAAGAUUGGAUGUAGUAUUGGUAACGGCAAGACUCUGGUGGCGGACUUUCACUCGCUGCGCGAAGUAUACCCCUCCGGCCCUGCUGUAUCGGCGUCACCGUUGAAGUGCGCCGUGGCGACUGAGUACGGCAGACAUAAGGAGAUCAAGGAUGUUGUUGUUGUCAGAGGGGAUGAGGUCUAUGUCCUGCUCGACGAUAAUCAACUAUACUCGUGUGCCACUGGAGAGUCUCUUCUCCAAGGCUGGGGCCUGCCAGUGGGAGUAGCUCCCAUCGCGGCAGUCGCUGCGAAGGGGGAAGCCGAAUUUGCUCUGGUGUCGACUGGUGAUGGUAAGCUGUAUGUGGGCUCUCCCUCUACUGGUAGAUGGAGAUCAGUAACACGACCUAUCACUGGUACCUACAAGGGCUGUACAUCUAUCCAGGAGACCUCUGCUGGGGACCUUGUACUCCUGAUGCCUGAGGAACGCCUGAUGCACGUUUUCAAUUCUCGAGGGCUAUUUGUGGGGGCCCGACCUAUCCCUCGUGGUUACCUCUCUGGUUGUGGUGAUCAGCUGUUGGUUCAGUCUGACGCAUCAGCACGCUUGUCUAUUCUUAGAGGUUUGCGGAUAACCCCAUCGCCAAUGUAG